AUGCAGUACGGAGAAUGCCCUGGUGGAGACAAGAUAACGAAAGAAAUUUUAACUUUCUUCGCGAAAAAUAGUUAUGAAAACAAGAUAAUCAUAUCGACAUUAGAACAGUUGAACUUAUAUAGUCACAACUCAUCGAAUUUCACUUACGAAAAUUUCUUCAUCGCUGUGGUGGCGAAUCAUGAAGAUGAGGAUGAGAGUAACAGAAGUAUAAAUAUAGAGGACGAUGAGGAAGAUGAUCACACCGUCACAAUUAACGGCCAUUCAUACAACCUCACCCAGUUGGAUGAUUGUAAUGCUCAGCACUUCCAAGUGUAUAUUAAUGGAGUCUACAUCACAUAUUUCGAAGUGAAAGAUGAUGUCAGUUCGGACGAUGAGCUUAAAGACUUCAACUGCAUUUUGAAAAUUAAGCGUGAAGAUGAUUUGAAGAAAACGGUAACUAAAUUACUCGAAAAAGCUUUGAGGAGACAGUAG